AGAGUAUGACUCGAAAAUAAUGUAACGAGAAUGGUUGGUUAGUCGAUGUAGAAAGUUAGUUAUCAAUACUGCUGUUUUAGUCAUGAUAGCUUCAACUGCUUGCAUAGCGGGUUGCGUAGGUGAGAGGUGAUGUUCGCAGCUCAGGUCAGGUUGUUCAGAACUUGUUCAGAGUCGGCUACUUCACAUCGAGGCGUCGCCUGGUCUUGACUUGUCCUAGCCCGGCCAAAUCUUUUUCACUGCUUCGGUAGCUGCAACCAAUGCUGCAAUCUUCAGUACAUUUCCAACCCAAUUUCGCUCUGCUAGCACCGACCCGUGAGCAUGGUGAGUGCCAGUGGCGGAAACAGAAAUCUGAGGAAACGUCCCGCUGGACCAUCGCAAGUCAUCGGCAGUCGAUUUUCAUAUCCGCUAGUUUCGCCUACACGGAGCAGAUGCACUGAUCCGACGGUACAUCUCUAUCUACGCUGUAGUCUGGUAGUAGUGUGACCGGGCAGUGGUGACAGAUCAGUGCCCAAUGACUGCGUGGUAAAAUAACUCAUCACCUGCGAAUAUCAGAAUAUGGCACAUGCACAGCUCUUUAUCACGCUCAUGUGACCACUGUGAGUGGUGCGUACUAUGACAGGACUCGACUUGACCCUCGUCCCUCGAUGGUCGUCACAACCUCCAGCCAGCUCCCACUUUUACUACUAUACAGUCAGUUCUGGAUAGGGCUAGCACUUACGCAAGUAAUAGUUACGGGAGCUCCGCACCUGAAUAUUCUUUCCAUCUCCGAAAAAGAGAGCGGAACGGACAGAUAAGCUCCUUGCUUUCUGCUCUAGGUGGUCUUUGUACGAGGUUUCUAGGAGAGCCUGCUAGCGCCUCGAUUCGGCUGCUUGGCGCUUGGUGCCUGAAAAUAGCUUCAAGGUGCUAAAAGUAAAGGCUCGUUGCUGCUGUGUUCAUGGUGUUGGACAAGGGGAAUCUGGGCAGAGGAGUGUGAUCCCUCAGCUGACAGAAGUGUUACACCUUGUGAUCAUCUGAUCAAGUACCCAGUUAGUGCGUGUUGCUGUCGAGCGCGCACUGCGGUGUGCAUAUGCGUCCCUGAUUCUGCCCUGACUACUGCGGCCUGGUCAAGACUCAAGGCCAAGGGGAGAGACGUGUGUACGUGUAGUGGCUGUCAUUGUGGGUUGUACUUUGUAGUACUGUGCUCCCUGGCGUGAUGGUGGUGUGACCCUGUGUUACGGCUACAAGACCAAAAAAACCACGGGCGGAAGGUGUGAGACGCGAGCUGUGACUGGACUGUGUGUGGAACAUAACGAUCUACACGACCUGAACACGCUCACUACGCCUCUACGGCUGGAGUUGCACUGAGUUUGUUCGUGCAGAGUAUGUCCACAGAGUCCAUGGUCAGGUCUCCAGAUAGCAGUGGCAGCUCCAGGCCAGCUGGUGGAGGUCUGCGGAGGAGCAAUGGCAUGCCUCGAUGGGAGAACGAAGCGCGUCAUCUGCUCUUCCAGAAAGCCCCAAGGAUAGCCUCGCUUUCUCAACAACUAUCAACAGGAAGCGGUCUCGGUGAAGCCACCACAGCUCCGAAGAAUUUGGCACGGCACCAUUCCGCAAAUGAGCACGACUUGCUGAGCGGAACAACGAGUUUCAAGCACACCCAGUAUUCGGUGAAUCGGUCGCGGAGAAAUGGACUGAACUCACCGGUCACCACGUCUGACCAUGAUGGUAGAAAGGCAGCAGCGGCAGCAACAGCAUCCACCACCAUGCCAGCUACAAAGAAGCACCAGAUAUCCUAUGUUGAGCUGGUGCGGCAGAAAGGAGAGGCGCUCGGUAUCAUCAUAUCUGGUGGGUCUGAUCGCAAUCAACCUGUCACCAUCACACAUCUGAAGGGGGGAAGCAUCGCCAAAAGGAGCGAGGCACUGGAGGUUGGAGAUCAGAUUUUGGCGGUGAAUGGAACUGGUACGAAGCACUUACGGCAUCAGGAUAUCGUAGGACUGUUGCUUCAUGCUGGCGCUCUGGUCAGCCUUGAGAUAGAAUACGAAACUUCGCCUGAUGAUCCAUCAAAUGAGAACAACCUGAGGAAGAAGACAGUAUCAGUAACACUGAAGCGUGAAGGAGAUGGAUUUGGAUUCAAGCUAAGAGGCGGUGAGGAGGAGGGACGAGGUCGGCUUCUGACGUUUGCCCAUGUGCAGCCAGGUUCGGAUGGAUAUGGGCAAGGAUUGAUCAAGAUCGGUGACCGGCUGCUGACCAUCAAUUACAUCGACGUUACUCGGUACAGUGUGAGUGCGGCCAUGGCUCUACUGAAGAAGUGCAAGUCGGAGGUCACCCUUGAUGUACAGUAUGAUGUCACCAUACAGGAUGGCAUCCAGGGCAGUAAUCCGCUGGUCGUGGAACUGACAAAGUCCACUGGAGUUAGCCUGGGCAUCACACUCAGUGGGAGUCAUCUGUCUGGAGAUCCUAUCUUCAUAUCACAUGUGAGGGAUGGUGGCAUAGCUGAUAGAUGUGGAGCGCUACAUGCGGGCGAUCGUCUUCUAGCUAUCAACGGCCGCUCACUGGAGUCAUGCUCACUGCCGGAUGCUGUUCAGCUAUUGCUCCAGUCUGGCAACACGGUCAGGCUAGAGGUCAUACCGGGCAGCCAGGAGAAUCUCAAGGCCAUGGAAGAAGCGCUGGCGUCGGGUGGAAUGAAGACUGCAGAGGAGCCGCUUCCACCUCCACCACUCGACCUGCUAGUGGAUGACCCGAUGGAACUUGCUGGGCUCAAUCAUCAUUCUGGAAUGAAUGGUGUGGAGGGAACGCCAACUAGCGCCGGAUACGGCAGUGGGUUGCUAGGCGAUUCCAUGGCAACCCCAACGGAGCCACUGGCCUACACUCCCGACAGCUCCAUGAUGAGUAUCGCGUCAAGCACACUGCAGCAGCAGCCAUUGCAGAACAACCGUGGUCACCAUCAGUCUGUGUCAUCGGUCACUACUCCCCGACGGCCAUCAAAAGUAGUGUCCAUGGGCACACCAGCACACCCAACGCUACAGCGCAAGAUGACCAGUAUGCUGAUCUGCCGACAGGAAACUAUGGAAGUGGAGCUGAAAUCCGACUCGUAUGGCUUUGGCUUUGCCCUGCAAAGCGUACAUCAGGUGUACAUGGACGGUACCUCAUUCAUGAUCUCAAGCAUGGAGGCAGACGGACCAGCAGAUAGGCUUUGUGUUCUGCAAAUCGGAGACUCGGUGGUCAAGAUCAACGGAACGUCCACUACUGGCAUGACGGUCGAGCAGGCAUGCGACAUGAUCAGACACAGCGGCGGUACUGUUGUGCUGACGGCGGAGUUUGAUGUUGCCGAGGGUGUAGUGCCUAGUGCAGGACUGUUUGAUGUAAAGCUGCUAAAACAAGGCCGCUCCCUUGGCAUCACAAUCAAUGGAGGUAUGGAAGAUGGGAUUGCCUCACAGUUGUGGGUAUCGCAGGUCAAGAAAGGAGGAGUAGCCUACAGGUCGGGCAUGCUGCAGGCAGGUGAUUAUCUGAUAGCCGUCAAUGGCAAGAGUGUUGACGGUCUGACACUGACCCAGGCUGCAGAGUUGCUGAAAACCGACGAUGAGUUUGUGACACUGCAGAUCAAGAAGGACCCGAGGAUUGCUGGCUCCAGUGACUCUGUAGUACUCACGGUGGAGAUCAGUCGACAUGGUGAGAACCUGGGAAUCACACUGAAUGGAUCCAACAUUGCAGGAGAGCCUAUCUACGUGGCCCGUGUUAAAGAAGACGGAGUGGCAUACAAGACCGGUGCACUGCUUGAAGGUGACGUGCUUCUCAGUAUCAACGGUCACAGUCUCCGCGACAGCAAUUUGGAAGAAACGGUUGACUUGUUGCUGAAAGCAGGCGACAACAUCACGUUCAGGAUUAGCCGAGCGGCCAAGAAGCCACUCUCAUCUUCCGAUGCUGCUGAAGCCAACUUGGAGGUGUUCAACAUCACCAGUAGCUCGCCUUCUAAGCCACCUUCACGGCGACCAUCGAAACAGUCGUCGUUCACCGACUCCCAGUGGUCACCUGAGGAUAAGGUGUUCUACAGUGAUAACACGUCCGCUGCGGCUGCAGCCGUCUCAGCGGCGCGCGGCGGUCCGGCAAACACGGAGCAGAACAACGGCGACGUCCGGAGCGAGAACAGCAUCUCGCCGUUCAGCAUCCGCACGCUAGGUGACACGCCCACACCCACUCAUCACCGCAGCAAGACACCGCAGCAAGCUGCACAGCCGGAUAGCUCGGCCAUCUUUCAGGAGGCCAAACGACUGCAGGAGCAAUGGCAGGGGACGGGCUCCGGGUCGAAUCACAGCAGAUACACUGCAGCUCCGCAACGCAAUGGUUUUCACAAUGCACACAUGAAGCUGUCCAGGUCCAUUGAACACAUAGAGCAUCCUACCUACCAGCCAUUUGAAAAUGGUGACCAGCAUCGCCGCCCUGUCGUCAGCGAGCACGCUAAAACCCGAUAUGACCAGCAAUCGCCACAGGCUGCCACUUAUGCUAAAGUUUCUAAGCCACCGGUGCAGCUGCCGCCAUCAAGCAGUCAGCGAUCACGGAUCCUGACCGACCCGUCCGCUGCGCAAAGCCCGUACUCGCGCUAUCUGCGGAAUCGACCGCAGCAAGCCCGUAGCCUGACUGGCCUGAACUCAUACGAGGAGUUUGGCCGACAUCACCCGCAAGCCGGUAGCACGUUUUCGCUGACGUUCGACCGAGACACUGGUCCUUCUCCCGUGCAGCACGCUGUGCAGCGGCAGUACGAGCCGUCCAAUCGGUCACACCGUCACCGUCCAUCCAGUAGUAGCAGCCGGCGCAGUGUAACUCCAACAGGUAACGACGAGCAAGCGGACUCUGGGGCAGCGGUAACGCCGGUGUACGCCGAGGCAACAUACAGUAGUGGCCGUCCGCCACCAUUGCCACCUCGCAACACACCACUGUCGACGCAGCAACCGCUACAGUACCAUCAUAUUGAACUGUACAGACAUGGCGGACGCAGCAAUGGUAUUGCAGCUGGCUUCGGCUUCAGCGUCAGCGAUGGCAAAGAGUUCCCAGGUGUAUUUGUCAGGGCACUGCAGCCAAACGGCAUUGCUGAGCGCUCUGGAAAGCUAUUCCCAUUUGAUCGAAUUAUCGAGGUCAAUAAUUAUGAUGUCAGAAACUGGGACUGCCGCCGAACACUCCCCUUGCUGGCCGAAGCAGGCAGUAUAUUGAAGUUGGUCAUAUGUCGAUCUAUGGUUCAUCCCGUUUUGCAAUAAUCAUCCUCGGACUAUGUGAAUCAUGAAUGGCUCUACCAGUACGGGGAUGCUGAAGCUGUUUUCGGAUUCGGUGUUGUGAAAUAUCACCACUUCCCCGGCUCAGAUGAGAAUGUCUGUUCAGGAGAUGUUCUGUGCUGUUUCCAUGACAUUGACUUCACUUUUGCGUUUCUGCCUUGUCCCAUACAAAGCACGUGAAAUUCCGCAACCGUUCUGCUGUAAGAAUAAGGUAAACCACUUCCAUAGCCACCAUUGGUGUACAAUGGUAAAAUACCGCUGAGAUGUUCACUAUUGUCAAACAGAAUCACUGUAAAAAAAACGAUUUCUUGCCAGUAAAAUCAUGAUCGCCAUCCAUUACAAGCACAGUGUAAAUAUUGCAGACUGCUACGGCUGACUACAAGUGAUGGGUUUGCAAAAAAUCCUGCUCACGGUGCCAACGGAUUUUCAAGGAAAAUGAGUGCUCUUGAGUGAUGCUAACUAACUUACUGUUCGAAAUACUCCGUUACCAUGAUUUUUCAAUCUUCAGGCUAACCUAUGAGAUAGCAAUAUAAACUUUCUGUGCCCUUUUAUGCCGCUGAGUAAGUGUUCUCACUCCUGUUACCUAUGAUGAUUUUUGCACUUUUAUGCCUGUGAGGCGCGAUGGAGCGGAGUGUGCUUUGCUGUGAUUUCACCCUUUUCUGAGAUUUUCACAUUUUCGUUUAACACUAGUAAUUGCGGAUCAAACGGCACCGUUGGUCCAUCAUGUACGCACAUAAUGCCACAUAUGCAUGCGUGCACACACACAGACACACACACACACUCAGACUCAGACAUGCCCAUCGCGGACGCGAUGAUAGCGAACAGCUAUGUUAGACAUAGCAACUAACUUGUGCUGGGAUUACACCAUUCAACAGCUUGCAAGGCUGAUGAAUUGACCACCACUAAUUUAAUUUUAAUUUCAGCACCCCGUGGCCGUCCGCCAUUGCGGUGGAUAGA